AUGGCGGACCAAGUCAAGUAUACACAGAAACUUAAAGGGGAGAAAGUUUUGAUCAUCGGAGGUUCUGCAGGUGAGUGUCUUGCGGAGGCUGCUUUGGAGUUCGGAGCCACAGUCGUCAUUUCCUCUUCAAGGACCGAGAAAGUAAAAGAGAAAGUUGCCGAACUUCAACGGUUGUAUCCAUCGGCGAGGGAUCGUAUCUCAGGCCAUGCCUGUAACUUAGCAGAUGAGGCCAAUCUUGAGAGUAACAUUCGCGAACUCCUGGAGAAGACAGGCACUGUCGAUCACAUCGUUCACACAGCAGGCGACAGUCUUUCCGUCAAACCUAUGGCCGAGAUUGACAUGGACUUUGUCAAGAAAGCCGGUCAAGUUCGCUUCUUCUCCAUACUCAUGCUCGCCAAACAUGCCCCUAAGUAUCUCAACCCUGGCCCGAAGUCAUCAAUCACCUUGACAUCAGGGCUCGUGGCAUCGCGACCAGUACCCGGCUGGACCGUGAUCGGUGCUUACGCCGCUGGAGCGGAAGGUAUGACUCGCGGGUUGGCACUUGAACUCAAACCGAUCCGAGUCAAUAUCGUUGCCCCUGGUCCCAUCAACACAGCUAUAUUCGACAGCGUGUCAGAUGAAGAUCGCAAAGCCUAUGCGGACAGAAUGCCCACGGGACAAAUUGGGGAGGUGGCAGAUAUCGUGGAGUCAUAUCUCUCAUGCAUCAAAGAUCACAACCUGAGUGGAACAAUCAUUCACUCCGACGGUGGGGCAAACAUUGCGUGA